AUGGCAGACGACAACAUCCGAGAGGAGGAACACAUAGCACCCUUACCAUCCCCGCCUCCAGAGCGAGCUCUAUACUCGGCUAAGCUUGCGGCUCUGCAUGCGCGACUCUCUCUCUCCUCUAAAAUCCCCUUACAGACUCUCGCCCGCGCCCUUAUAGACCCUUCAGCCGACGCAGACCCCCGCUUCAACAAUGCGAAUCUUGCAUUUGUGGGCGCAUCCAUCCUCCAGUACCAUGCCUCGGAAUUCCUCAUUACCCGCUAUCCCCGCCUACCCAUGGCCAUUCUCUUCUCCGCCAUGAAGGGCUACUCCGGCGUGCCGGCCCUGCACCAGAUUGCUCGCGCCUGGGGUGUAGAAGCGGCCGCCGCGCCCGGCGAGGAGGUGGACCCGGGGUUAUUGCAAUUUUCGCAGGACAAGCCGACGGUCAUGAUGAGCAAGUGGGGCUACGUGCGUGCUGAGUCGAAGGAGAUCCAGAAAUACAAGUGGCGCCGGGGUCUAAGCAGUUCAGUCAUGUACGACGAUGCAUUCGGUGAGAUGGUAACGAAGCAGAAGCAGCCCAAAGAAGAGGAAGACGUCGAAGUUAGUGCGGCGAGAAACACAAAAGACCUAGUUGUCGACAACCCGGUGGGGAAUGCGAACGCUAACUUCGUGCGCGCGGUUGUUGGCGCUAUCUAUCUAUACUGCGGGCGGGAUGCCGCCAAGACCUUCGUGAAGGCGCACGUCCUUUCUCGGACGCUCGACCUCUCUAACAUGUUCGAAUUUAAGACGCCAACAAGGGAGCUGGUUAAGCUAUGCGCAAGGGAGAACUUCGACGCCCCCGUCGCGAGGUUAUUAAGCGAGACGGGUCGUCUGAGCAGGACACCCGUCUUUGUAGUAGGCAUCUACAGCGGGCGAGACCUGCUGGGCGAGGGCGCAGCUAGCAGCCUCGACGACGCGAGGAUAUCAGCCUCCAUUAAUGCGCUAAAGGCGUGGUAUCUAUAUAGUCCGGUCGACACCGCGGUACCGAGUGACACGUUUGUGGAGGAUGCCGCUCCGUAUAAGCCGGUGUACGUUGAUAUCGGUGAGGUUAUCUCGUAG